AUGGGUAAUGAGGAGUCAACACUCGUGGAUGAGUCCAUUCGCCCUUCUGUACUGGAAACACGUAAUAUCGAUGCCGUGGCCAAGUACAUUAAGGACUACAAGGUUCGAAACGUUGUUUUAAUGGUUGGCGCGGGAAUAAGCACAUCAGCUGGAAUCCCUGAUUUCCGUUCACCAGACACGGGACUUUAUGCCAAUUUGGCUUUCUUGGAUCUCGAAGAGCCUGAGGAUGUGUUCGAUAUCGGCUUUUUCAAAGAGAACCCGAAGCCAUUCUACGCUCUGGCGCGCGAGCUGUAUCCUGGGCGUUAUCGCCCCACUAUCGCCCAUUCAUUUGUCAAGCUGCUUGACAACAAAGGCAUGCUAUUGAAACACUUUACACAGAACAUCGACUGCCUUGAGCGCCAGGCGGGAGUUCCUGGAGACAAGAUCAUUGAAGCCCAUGGUAGCUUCGCAACCCAACGCUGCAUUGAGUGCAAAACGCCUUUCCCCGAUGACAAGAUGCAUGAACAUGUCGAAAAGGGUGAUGUGCCACGAUGCUUGGAGAAGGAAUGCAAUGGCCUGGUUAAACCCGAUAUUGUGUUCUUUGGAGAGGCCCUCCCAGCAGCCUUCCAUCAGAAUCGCGAGCUGCCGGUACAGGCGGAUCUCUGUAUUGUGAUGGGAACCAGCUUGACCGUACAACCCUUCGCCAGCUUGCCAUCUAUGUGUGUCAAUGGUACGCCUCGCGUGCUCAUCAAUAUGGAUCGCGUUGGAGGCUUGGGAUCGCGACGGGAUGAUGUCCUCAUACUGGGAGAUAUCGAUGCUGGAGUGCGCAAGUUUGCACGAGCUCUGGGGUGGGAAGAGGAAUUGGAAUCGCUGUGGAAGAAGACCAACCCAGACCCCAAGGACCGUGAAGCGGAGCUUGCUUCCCCACAGACUCGCGAUGAGCGCCUCCAGGACGAAGUGGACCGACUCGCAGCGGAAGUCGAUCGCACGCUUGGAGUAUCGGAUGCAUACCAACAGCGCGUCCGAGAGAAGCUGGGAGAACCAAGUGCAUCGCCAGAAGACAGCUCUACCAGCCGUGCCAACUUAACAGAGAAUGGCCUAUCGCAUGUGUUCCCACACUUGGCACAUAAAUAUUACUAG